AUGCAAGAAGCACUUGCAGUCAUGGCCGCACAAACAGUUCUGUAUUCAACACCCCACCACUCUCUUCUCCCUCUUUCAUUCAAUCCCACCAUUUCCACCACCUCUUCGGCAUCACUCCCACUUACUUCCUCCUUCCACGGCCUCUCUCUCAAAGCCACCACCCGCCUAUACUUGUCCUCCUCGGCCUUCGCCGCACCGAGGCCUCUGGCCGUCGUUUCCUCCGCUACCAAGAAGGCAGUUGCCGUCCUCAAGGGCACCUCCAAUGUCAAGGGUGUUGUCACUCUUACCCAAGAAGCUGAAGGUCCAACUACUGUAAAUGUUCGUGUGACUGGACUUACACCGGGUAAACAUGGAUUUCAUCUACACGAGUUUGGCGAUACAACAAAUGGGUGUAUCUCAACAGGACCACAUUUUAAUCCAAAUGGUUUGACACAUGGAGCUCCUGAGGAUAAAGUUCGCCAUGCGGGUGACCUGGGAAACAUAGUUGCUGAUGCCAGCGGUGUGGCUGAAGCUACAAUAGUGGACAAUCAGAUAGCUUUGACUGGUCCUUAUUCUGUUGUUGGAAGAGCUUUUGUGGUUCAUGAACUUGAGGAUGACCUUGGAAAGGGUGGUCAUGAACUUAGUCUAAGCACCGGAAAUGCUGGUGGAAGAUUGGCAUGUGGUGUGGUUGGUUUGACUGUCCUGUAA